AAAUUGAUCGCUCAGGAAGCUUUGCCUCUCACAUCAGUCGCUCAGUGCAACUGUUGUUAGAUGUCUUACGAGACUGGGAGAAGUGCGCAUGCUGUUGCUAAUCAGCACACAGCUGAGAAAGAAGCCUGACAUUGGAAGACGGUACCUCCGGAUGGGGAGCGCCAAGUUUUGGCCAAACUGGCUCAGUCCUAUAUGCUGGACUCUGUUGCCAUGCAGCUGAAGCGACCAGAAGAAGAAAUUGAUAAAAAGGAAGUUCUUUUGUCAGCAUUUUGUGUUUACAAUACCCACCGCCAUGGCAGCAAUGCCUUACAAGCUAUGAGACUUCUCACUGCAGCAUUUCGGCAGGUGGCAUUGCCACAGCAAGGAUCAAUGUCUGAGGUGGAGCAGGCCAUUCAUUACUGCACAGCUCUUAUUGCCCGCGAGAGUCAAGCCAUGACACCUAGGCAAGAAAGGAGCCGUGUGUCUUUGAAUUUCACUUCACCUGCUGUCAGCACUCCAGUGAUCCCUGGGAUCAAUCCAGCAGCUUUUGCAGGAGGUUCCUCUCUUCCCAAUCUACCAUCAGGACCAGAAGCUUCUGUAAGAAUGUCUGGAAGCAGCAUGCAACACCGGGGAUUGGUGUCUUUACCAUCUGGUCCCACAUCUUCGAGAUCAUCACUGGGUGGCUCAUGUGGUCCUCAGUCCUUCUCCCAGAUAUCUGCCCACUGGGAAUCUCCUUCAGCACUAUUUGGAGUCUUUGCCGGCAACACCAGCACAUCAGGUGUGCCUCUCACACCACCGAGGAGAGUCUCCACAGGAACAGGAACCACAGACAUUAUUGAUCUGACAUCACCUGAAAAGCAGAGUCCAAUGAGAGCUGUCAAGUCACCUCAGGCCUCAGUUACCACCUCCACCAUACUUCAUCCAAGAACCCCAGGAGCCUGGCCACUGGUGCCCCCCAAUUUGUGCCCCUCUCAUCUCCAUUCAUCCUCUCCAUUUUCAUCUCCCAUCAACCCCAUGUCUAGCGGGGCAUCAGCUGGGCAAACACCAGGUUACACUACGACUGAUGACCCUAGUGACUUUGACAUGUCUGACCCUGGCGAUGACCUGGCUUUUACAUCACCUGAUAAACUCACCUCAGAUGUGAGGCACCAUUUUCAAGGUGACCUGUUGUAAUGUUGGCAAAGCAGUGACUGAAGAAUAAAAUUUGUGAACAUAA